GCGACUGUGUGCGCAGGCGCUGGAGCAAGGACUGCGGAACCACGCUCUCCCCGGGCGUCCCCGGCUGGGCCAUCGCAGUGUAACUAUUCUAGCUAAAGCGUAUGCCUGGAGGAGAUGAGAAGGUUUUUGUUACUCUAUGCUACACAGCAAGGACAGGCAAAAGCCAUAGCAGAAGAAAUAUAUGAAAAGGCAGCUGCCCAUGGAUUUUCUGCAGAUCUUCACUGCAUCAGUGAAUCAGAUAAAUAUGAUCUAAAAACUGAAACAGCACCUCUUGUGGUGGUGGUUUCUACCACGGGCACUGGAGACCCACCUGACACAGCGCACAAGUUCGUGAAGAAAAUACAGGACAAGACGCUGCCAGGUGAUUUCUUUGCUCACCUGCGAUAUGGGUUAUUAGGUAUUUUAGAACUUGUCGUUGAGCCGUGGAUUGACGGGCUCUGGGCUGCCCUCACAAAGCAUUUUGUGUCAAGUAAAGGAAUAGAAGAGAUGAGUGUGACUCUCACAACAGCAUCGACUGCCUCCCAGAAGACGGACCCUGUGAAACCAGAAUUAAUACACAUCGAAUCACAAGUUGAACUUCUCAGAUUAGAUGACUCGGGAAGAAAGGAUUCUGAGGUUUUGGAACAAAAUGCAGUGAACAGAGAUCAAUCAAGUGCUUUGAUAGCAGAGCUUGAGUCCUCACUUACCCGUUCAAAACCCCCACUUUCCCAGGCCUCUCUGAAUAUUCCUGCUUUACCACCGGAAUAUUUACAGGUGCAUUUGCUUGAGUCUCCUGGCCAGGAGGAAAGCCAAGAAUCUGUGACUUCAGUGGAUCCAGUUUUUCAAGUUCCAGUUUCAAAGGCAGUUCAGCUGACUACAAAUGAUGCCAUAAAAACCACUCUUCUAGUAGAAUUGGACAUUUCAAAAACAGAUUUUUCCUACCAGCCUGGGGAUGCCUUCAACUUGAUCUGUCCCAACAGUGACUCUGAGGUACAAAGCCUACUCCAAAGAUUGCAGCUCACAGACCAAAGGGAACACCUUGUCCUCUUGAAAAUUAAGGCUGACACCAAGAAGAAAGGAGCAGCCUUGCCCCAGCAUAUACCCGAGAGAUGCUCUCUCCAGUUCAUUCUUACCUGGUGCCUCGAAAUACGAGCAGUCCCUAAAAAGGCAUUUCUGCGAGCCCUUGUGGACUGGACCAGUGAUGGUGCGGAAAAGCGAAGGCUGCAGGAGCUGUGCAGCCGACAGGGAGCGGCCGAUUAUAACCGUUUUGUGAGGGAUGCCUGUGCCAGCUUGUUAGACCUCCUGCUCGCCUUCCCGUCCUGCCAGCCUCCGCUCAGCCUCCUACUCGAACACCUUCCUAAGCUCCAACCCAGACCAUAUUCGUGUGCAAGCUCAAGUCUGUCUCACCCAGGGAAGCUUCACUUUGUUUUCAACAUCGUGGAGUUUCUGUCCAGCACCACACCCGUGGUUCUGCGGCGAGGCGUGUGCACAGGCUGGCUGGCCACGUUGGUUGAAUCAGUUCUUCAGCCGAACAGGCAUGCAUCCCAUGCAGACGGCGGAAAAGCCAUCGCUCCACAGAUAUCCAUCUCUCCUCGCACAGCAAACUCUUUCCACUUGCCGAAUGACCCCUCCGUCCCCAUCAUCAUGGUGGGUCCGGGAACUGGCGUAGCGCCCUUCAUUGGUUUCCUGCAGCAUAGAGAGAAACUCCAAGAACAGCAUCCAGACGGACACUAUGGGGCGAUGUGGUUGUUUUUUGGCUGUAGACAUCAGGAGAGGGAUUACUUAUUCAGAGAAGAGCUCAGACAUUUCCAUAAGCAUGGAAUCCUAACUCACCUGAAGGUUUCCUUCUCAAGAGACUCUCCUGCCAGGGAGGAGCAAGCCCCAGUGAAGUAUGUGCAGGACAACAUCCAGCUUCACAGCAAGCAGGUGGCAAGGCUCCUCCUUCACGAGAAUGGUUACAUUUACGUGUGUGGAGAUGCUAAGAAUAUGGCCAGGGAUGUAAAUGAUACCCUUGUGGAAAUAAUAAGCAAAGAGAUUGGAGUUGAUAAACUGGAAGCAAUGAAAACUUUGGCUACUUUAAAAGAAGAAAAACGCUAUCUUCAGGAUAUAUGGUCAUAAAAUCAGAAAAUGAAGAGAGUUAAGGUGUUUUUUGGCUGAAAGUACUAAAAGACAACUUCACUGAAGUUUGAGACUUUCAAUUUUUAAAAUUAAAAAAAAAAAUUAACUUUUCUUAGGGAGAGUGAGGAGUGGAUCACUUAAUAGAAUAACUAACUUCCAGUUCAGUUUUCCUUAUCCACCCCUAAUCCUCCUUCCCUCUCCAAACCAGCCUGUGGCCUGUAGGCCCCCUGAGCUGAGGGGCAGCCCUCACUCCUCCCCAGCACCUCCCUCCUGGGGCCACUUCUAAAUCCUGGGGAACUUCAGAGAGACCUGACCAGAUCGCAGGGAGUUGUAUCUGUGCAUGUGGUGGUUUCCCAUUGUGGGAUGUGGGCACCAGAGUCCCCCAGGCAAAUAGUUAAAUCUGGGAACUCAUGUUGCCAGUUUUAUAAAUAAUGUAAAAAUAACUUAUCAUUCUUAUAUGAAAUGUACCAUAAAGAGUAUGUGUUAAAAUGACACAUGUAUAGCAUAUCUGAUUAUGUUUCUAUUACAUUAUCAAAUGUUUAUUUUCAUUCCCAAAACUAUAUUUCUGAUAACAAAUGUUUUAAGGUAAUGCUUAUAGGGAAUUUUUUGUGUGUGAUCCUAGAAAUGUAAAAUAUAUUUUGAAAUUCUA